AUGAACCGGCUUUAUGAACUGGCUGACGAAUUCAGGAGAUCCCUGAGAACCCACCAUGAAGAAGAAUUCGAAAAUACGACUAUUGAAGAUAUGCGAAAGGAGAUCCAUGAUAUUCAAUUGUUGCGAGACAAAACCAACAACAUGAUGGAUAUGAAUCGACUGCGGAUGUUUCUUGGCGGUAUGGAAGAACUCGAGAAAGUCCUCUUGCGCCUUCAGUUUCCUGGCACGACAGGUGUAAUGUCAAUCGUUUGGGGCUCCGUGAGGUUCUUACUCAGGAGUACGAACACUACUGAUAGGGCUUUUGACGGAGUGCUCGAUGUUUACGGACUUCUUGGAGCCCAGCUCCUGCCCUUGACUCGAUUUGAGGAAUUCUUCCAAAGGUUUCCGUUUGCCAUAGAGUGCAUAGUCAAUAUCUAUCAUGAUAUACAGCGAUUCCAUUCCAUAGCAUAUAGGCUUUUCUCACUUACAACGAAGCUAUGGCAGCGUCUUCAGAGGCCUAUCUGGGAUGACGCAAGUCACUUAUUUUCAAGACUAUCCGAUUUUCUAGGUUCACACGCUAAGUUCAUCAAAGAACACAGUCCUUCUACACAAGACUAUGAUGCCCUUCAUGCGGCCUUCCAGCAGUACUCAUAUGGCCUCAAGUCAGACUGGAAGAACUUCGAGGCCGAUGAAAAGGCUCGGAGGCUUGGAAGAAAGUACGAAGUGACUGAAUGGAUCGCUUCUUCUCCGAAGAUGCCAAGGUUGCAAGAUGAGUUCCGUGAUAUGGUGAUCUGUCCUAAGAGUGGUCGUUGGCUUUUCCGAAACUACAGCGAUAUUUCGGAGUGGAUGGGCGAGGAAGACCCCCUCACUCAGCCAUAUGGCUGCAUGGGAACGUCGGAUAUGGCAAAACGGUGCUUGCAUCCCUGA